AUGUCAACAUCCUCUGGGAGUGGAAGUAGACGUAAUCGGUUGAAUCUUACGCUUCCGAGUUCUGCUAUCCAAUCAUCAGAUAAUUGUUCUACAACACAUAAAAAAUCCGAGGAACCUGUCACAAAUGCCGAGUUGAAUAAAUCUUCAGACAGUUUACAAGAAUCAUUACAAAGAAAUGGAACUUCUAAAGCUGCAUCAUUAUCAGAUAAACUGGAUGAUAAUAACACUCUAACGAAUUCAUCUCAGCCUGUGAAAACAUCUCAACAAACUAGUAUCUAUCGUCCAAGUGCUCAUCAUUCACAUCCUGUACACCGUAGAAUCCCACCACCGCUCACAGAUCUUCGUUUGUCUCCAAAGAAAAGCCAUACGCCGUCAAACGAUACUCUAUUUGGCUCGAGAGGUGAUCGAAACAAUGAACAUCGCUAUUCAAAUAGGAUCAGCACAGGACCUGUUGAUGUCGCUGAAGUUUUAAAACAAUUAGCAAUACAAGAUUUAGAUGAUAAUCAACGACGUCGUUUAAGUGCAUUUGUAGCAGAUAAACAAAAAAUUGGUGAAUUACAUCCAGAAGAUUUUGAAAAAUUAAAUGAAUUAGGUAAAGGUAAUGGUGGUGUAGUUAGUCGUGUACGUCAUACAACAACUGGUUUAAUUAUGGCUAAAAAAAAUAUUCAUUUAGAAAUUAAACCAAUUGUUAAAACACAAAUUAUACGUGAACUUCAAGUAUUACAUGAUUGUAAUUCACCUUAUAUUGUUGGCUAUUAUGGUGCAUUUUUUGCUGAUGGUGAUAUUAGUUUAUGCAUGGAAUAUAUGGAUGGUGGAAGUUUAGAUAUUGUUCUAUUACAUGCUGGUCGUUUACCUGAACCAAUUGUUGCUAAAAUAUUAUAUUCUGUAAUACGUGGUUUAGUUUAUUUACGUGAAGUAUUACAUAUUAUACAUAGAGACGUCAAACCAUCCAAUAUCCUUGUAAAUCGUACAGGCGAUGUGAAAUUGUGCGAUUUUGGUGUAAGUGGUCAACUGAUUGAUUCCUUGGCUAAUUCAUUUGUUGGUACAAGAAGUUACAUGGCACCGGAACGUUUAACAGGUGAACAGUACAAUACAUUAAGUGAUGUAUGGAGUUUGGGUUUAUCGUUAGUUGAACUGGCAACUGGUCGAUACCCGAUUCCAGCAAUUGAAGAUGAAAAAGUUUAUCUAAGUGCUUUCAGUUCACAACGAGAUGUAAACUUAGAGCAACAUUUAGAAGCAGCUAAAGAAGGAAAUCCACUUCCUGCUGUCAACAGUCCAAGUUCCGGACCAAUGGCAAUAUUUGAACUAUUAUCCUAUAUUGUAGAUCAACCACCGCCUCGUUUACCAAAAUUUUGUUUCUCUGAUGAUUUUAUUGACUUAGUUGAUUCAUGUCUUCGACGUCCAGCUAGUGAUCGACCAUCUUUAGAAAAUCUUUUAAAACAUAGAUUUGUUGUUACUGCAGCUGGUGCUUGUCCAUCAGGUAAUGUUCAACGUCAAAGUACAGUAAUAGAUAUUCGACAAACAGGUGGAAUUGUUGAUUCAAAUCAAUGUGAAGAUCCAAUUAAUAUUGGACGUUAUCUUUCUUCUGUAUUACCAUCAGUAACAAUUGAUGAUGGAUCUAAUCAAAAUUCUUUUUAAUUUCUUUCGUAAUAUUUAAUAAUUAAUCGCCAUAUACAUCCAUCUGUAUUACGUAUUUUAACAAAGAAACCGUAAAGAAAGGUAAAUAUUCCCCAUCAAUGUGUGCGUGCGUGUGUGUGUUAACAUGUUGUUACUUAUUUCAAAACCAAUUAUAAACAUUCUUACUUAUUUAUUUUACUUACGUUUGUUACCCCCAAUGGAACAUAGGCCGUCGAACACCAUUCUUCAACCCACUCUGUCCUACCCUUUCCUUUCUAGUUCUAUCCAACUUUUGUUUAUUCUUCGAAUGUCUGUCUCCGUUUCAUGGGCAUAAUAUGUUCUUUGGUCUUCUUCUUCUUCUUUGGCUUUGAGGAUUUCAUGUGAGGGAUUGUCUUGUGACACAGUUUGGUGAUUACUUCAAUGUGUAUCUUAUCCACUUCCAUCGCUUCUUCCUGAUUUCUUGCUCCACCGGAUGGAAUCUGGUUGGUUCUCUCCAACAGUAGAAUGCUGCCGAUAAAUUAUAAACAUUCUGAUACUAUGUAUAUGUAAUUGAAUGUGCUAUGUCCCUUG